AUGCCACCACAACUCCCUUCUUCUCUCAAUCCUACAAACACUAAUAACAUUCAAUUUUCAACGGCCAUCCAACCGAUCCGAGUGAGUGGUUGCAACAACAACAACAAGAAUCAUCAACCAACCAUCUCAACAAUCUCAACAACGGAUACUCAUUCCGAUCCAUUCUCAUCAACCUCCUCUUCCUCCUUAUUACCCUUUCCAGCACAUAUCAACCCCAAACAAUUCAAACCGUUAGGAAUUUCAAAACUCAAAGUGCAUGCCAAUAGAGAGAAUACGAACGUUGUACAAGAUGCAUCCACAACCGUUCAUCUGAAUACUACAGCAAGUAAAACACCAAAUCAUCGAACCAUGAUGAUUCACAACUCUCAUCCAGUGACAAUAACGUCACCAAUUUUAUCUUCCACUUCGGCAGAAUCCUUAUUACGAGCUGUUUCAUCUUCCUUGUCUGUGAAUAAUAAUAAUAACCGUCGUGGAGUUGAAACAUUCAAGAGAAUGCAUUCCAUGCCCAUGCAUCAUUUGACGAGAUCGUUCAAUGUCCAGUGCAAUAUUCAAUCCUCAUCGUCGUCAUCAUUGUUGUGGAGUUGUAGAACUCGGUGCUCCUCGGUGCAUGCAAAGAGUGAUCAUGACGACGAUUCAAUUGAAAAUAAUCCAAAUUGCUCACCUAGUUUCAAUUCUUCACACUCGGAUCAAGACAUGCAAAUCAGUGAAGAAAAGUCAACAACAACAACAACUACUACUCCAAUGACUCCAAUGACUCAGUCCUAUGAGACAUUGGUGAAUCAAGCUUUGAGACCUCUUCACGAGUAUGAAUUUGUGAUUACGAGCAUUGCACGAAGGAGGAUACUCAUUGAAUUUGUGAAUUCUGAAUUAACUAGGGAAGCAGAAACGUUUCAAAGAGAAUUUUUGAUUCGUGCACAAGUUGAUGCCGAGUGA